AAAAGGAAAAGGACUGGAACUGGAACGCGUGUUGUGUUCGUUCGAAGUGUAAAGCUUUCGGUAGUGGCAGAGGUUAAAAUUGUGUGUUACAAAGUUUAAUACUUUGUAUGGAUUUAAUGUGGUUCUUUUAAGAUUUCUAUAAUUUAAUAGUGAUUAUCAAUUCUUUAUCAGUUUAAAUACAAUAUCAGUAUCUUCAUUCCAUUUAAACAUGACGGAAUCCAGAAUAGAGCAGAUGAAGCAGACUAUAGCCAGCAAAGUCAAAGGAAUUGAAAUGUACAACCCAGAAAACUUGAAGACAUUUGAGCUCUAUGUGGAGAUGCAGUCUCAAGAAAAUGUAUAUGAUCUUGAGGCAAACUUGGUUGUUUUGAAGUUUUAUCAAUUCAGCCAGAAAUACGAUAUCAAAAUUACUUCCCAAAUCCUGUUGAAGGCAUUAACAAAUUUCCCUCAUACAGAUUUCAUCCUUUGCAAGUGCCUUUUGAAUGAGCAGCUUUGUAAAGAACACCCAAUCAAUCAGAUAAUCUACUUGGCAGAUCUGCUAGAAUGUUGUGACCUGCAGAUGUUCUGGGAAGAAGUUUACAAGAUGUCAGACCUUUGCUCACAGAUCACAGGGUUCAAUGACUCUAUCCGCAAGUUUGUCUGCCAUGUUGUGGGUAUCUCGUUCCAGUCCAUUCAGCGCUCUCUCUUGGCUCAGUUGCUGGGUGGAGUCGAUGACAAUGAUUUGAGAUUUUGGGUCCAGAAGUAUGGAUGGAAAGAAGAACCCAACAACAUCAUCUUCAUUGCCAAUCAAGAUGAGAAUGUCAAGACCAAAAACAUCACUGAAAAGAUUGAUUUUGACAAUGUUGCCAACCUGAUGGCUUCCUGCCGAUAACUUUUGUUCAAAUAAAUACAAAAUUUUCAUAA